AUGACAAUAAAAGAAGAUAGUGUAAUAUUAUAUUUUGAUGAAGAUAAUAUAGAAUUAGUAAAAUUGAAAAAAGAUGAGGUGACAGUAAAUAAAAAAGGAACAUUUUUGCAUAAUGAUAUUAUAGGUAAGGAAUAUGGUAGUAAAAUAUAUGAUACUUUAUAUAAAAAUUUUGUUUAUGUAUUGAAAAGAUCACCAGAAUUAAUUGCUUUAAGUUUAAAAAAAACAACUCAAACUUUAUAUGAACAUGAUAUAUCUUUUAUUUGUUUAUUAUGCAAUGCAUUACCAAAUAAGAAAAUUAUUGAGGCGGGAACUGGUUCAGGUUGUUUAACUUACGCUUUAGCAAAUUGUGUUUUACCUUAUGGGAAAAUUUAUACGUUUGAAUAUAAUGAAGAAAGAUAUAAAGAAGUAAAAAAAGAAUUUGAAAAUUUUGAUAAUAUUAAAAACAAUAUAAACUUUUAUCACAAAGAUAUUAUUAAUUGUGAUUUUGAAGAUUUUGAACAUGAUAUAGAUUCUGUUUUUCUUGAUAUGCCUAACCCAUGGCUAUGUGUUGAAAAAAUAAAAAAAGUUUUAAAAGAGAGAGGGAUUUUUGUUAUUUUUUUACCUUCUAUUGAACAAGUUCAUAAAGUAAUUGAAUGCUUAGAAAAUCAUUCCUUUUGUGAAAUUGUUACAUACGAAUUAUUAAAUAAAUCAUGGAAAAUCAUCUCUAAUAAAAAUAGAAAUACUGUUAAAAACGAAAAUGAAAAAAAUUUCAGUAAUAAUCAUCCCACAUCUCAUAACAGUUACUUUUCAAAUUACACAAUACCAAAUUUUAGAUUAUCACAAAAAGAAAAUAAAACACAUACAGGAUACUUAACAGUAGCAAAAAAACAAUUAAAUGAUGAGAAUGGACAAAUUGAAAUUGAAUUUAAUAAUGUUAUAGAAUAA